AUGGCUAAUCCAAGCGACUGGGCACAACUGUAUAGUCACACCUUUGCCAAACAAGAGACUCCUUGCCGUGAAGAUCGUCAUCCGACGUUUAUCAUGUCUGAUCAAAUUUCCUCGACAACCACCGGUAUGGCUGCAAACAGCUUGAGCUCUACUGGGAGUCAUAUGGUUGGUACAAAUAAUAUGAUGAGCAGUAGUGCAAUCAGGGAAAACUUUCAUUUAUCGUACACACCAGACGGACGUGUUUCUAAACCAAGCCGGAAAAGAACAAGAGUGUCGGCUAAAAAAGAUCACACGACUAUACUUAAUACUGAUAUUAGCAAUUUCCGAGCCAUGGUUCAACAAUUCACUGGUGCUCCACAAUCUGCUUUUUUGUCAACGUCGUCUCUUCCUGGUGUUAAUCUUUCAGCGAAUUACAGUAUGUCGACUUACGAUCAACAAGCAGGUCAUCAACUUCAUCCUUACCAGCAACAGCAACAGCAACAACAACAACAGUUGAUGAUGCAACUGUUGAACAAUAACAAUAGAAAUGAACAAGGUUUGGAUAUAGGGGUGAGCAACGUCAACAAAUUACAUGCAAGGACUGCUGCUAAGAUGGAGAAGUCGGAUGGAUUUGUGAUAGCAGAUGGUAAUAGUAGUACCUUCUUAUGA